GGCUCGGCCUUCUGGAUGGCGCCAGAGAUGCUGCGAGGGGAGCCGUACGACCGCAAGGUGGAUGUGUUCUCCUUCGGCAUCGUGCUCUGUGAGGUUCUGGCCCGGAUCUCUGCCGACCCAGAGAUGCUCCCCAGGACACAGGACUACGGGCUGGACGUGGAGGCCUUCAGGCAGCUGGUGGACGACUGUCCUCAGCGUCUCCUGGAGCUCGCCGCCAGCUGCUGCAUGGUGGAGUCCUUCCGGCGGCCGGCGUUCACUGAGCUGCUGGAUGAGUUGGAAGAAGUCUCAGAGAGUCUGGAGCCGCCGCCGCCAUCCGACGCCACCGCGAGCUGAGUCGUCCGCCUCGGGGAAGAAAGAAGCCCCUUCCGUUCAUCCGCAGGCCGGCCGCCGAGGGUCCGGGAGGAUUUGGUCCCCGUCCGGGGGAGAAGGAAGCUGGACUUGGACCCCCG